AUGGGGGAAUCAUCAGAAGCUCUGGUGUCCGACACUCACCUUGCGGAGUUGAGAUCAGAGGACGGCUCAGUCGUGGUUCGGGCAGCGUGGUCGUGGAGCCAGGAUCGCUCCACUGCAACCAGAUACGGAAGCAAUUUUGUCGAUUUCGUCAUCGAGUCGUUUUAUGUGACACCCGGUGCAAAUGCCGGAGCAGAGGCCAUGCACAAUUGCGGCGAGUUCAACUCUCUCAUUUCUCAACCUGCAGGCGGCCAAGCCACCGAGCCGGUCGAGAUUGCAACCCCUUGCAAGGCCCUGUACUUCAUCUGGCAGGCGCUCCUCAAGCCCCCUGACGCCCCUCAACCUCGGCCAAUGAAGUUUAUCCUGCCCCCGGAGGAUGGGUACAUUGUGAGAAACGACUUCGUCGAGGAGAUGAUGCGCGGCUGUCAGCUUACCCUCGAGGCGCGGGGUUUCAUCGGGCCUCGUCAGCAUUGCGCGAGUGCUCACCCAGCAAGCACCGACGGAUCUGCCAGCAACCUGCUUCACCUCCUCCAGAGGAGCGUCGGGGUCGUCGUGGCAAAGGAUGGUAGCGCUCUGAAGCUGCUCAAGGAUGAAUUGGUGAACCGCAUCUCGUGGCCAUGGCUCGUUCCCACUCCUAUCGAGCCGACGCGCAUUGUCGUCAUCGGCGAGAAGCGAGAGCGGCGGUUCUGCGAGCGCUUCUACGAUGCCGCUAAAGCAUGCGGAGUCUCGGUGAUUGUCAUGGACAAGCCCGGCCAUUGGCUACAAGAUCCGGCAGGAAUGGGUGCCAGCUACAGGGAGGAUUUUGUGCCGUUUACCGGCUUCACGUUUGAUGACCUGCCGGAGCGCAUCGUGCAGGCCAUCCGCAGGCUCCCCUAUCAGGUCGACGGCAUCAUGACCACCAUGGAUCCCCUGCUGUCUGGUGUCGCCCGUGCCGCAGAGAUGCUUGGACUGCCGGCAGCUCCCGCCGAAUCCUACCGCCGUGCAACCGACAAGUACGAGACCAGACGGCUCCAGAAAACGGCCACCACCCUGACAGUCGCAAGCCUUGAAGAUCUCGCAUCGCAUCUGGAAUCACUGCCGGAACCCCUGCGAUAUCCGCUCAUUGUCAAGCCUACGCGGAGCCACGGCUCCUUUGGUGUGUCCAGGGUCGAAAACGAGUCUGAGCUGGUCGAUGCCGUGCGUCAUGCCCUGUCUUCCGCCGCGGACCAGCACAGACUAUUCGGGUUGCGGACUUCCGACGCAAAGGCCAUCGUAGAGACGUAUUGCGAGGGCCCAGAGGUCGAUGUAAACUUUGUUCUCUGGAACGGCGAGCUACUCUUCUCCGAGGUCGUCGACAACUUUCCGUGCUCUGGCGACAGUGCACUGACUUCGUCCAAAACUGAGCAGUUCGUCGAGACAGGCUCGGCAUGGCCAUCUGGUCUGCCCCAGGACGAAAACAAGAUGCUCCGUACCGACCUGUUGAAGAUCGUAAGGCAGCUCGGUUUCCACAGUGGCGUCAUCCAUGUCGAGGCCAAGGUCCAGAAUUCGGCCGUCGAAUGGCACAUGGAUGAUGACGGCGUGCUUGACCUACAGGCCCGGACGGGAGCAACCGCUCAUGGCGCAAGCUCCUUCCUGCUAGAGGUGAACCCCCGGCCACCCGGCCACACCGACUCGAUGGGCUCGGCCUACGUCAACGGUGUGGACUACUAUGCCCUGCAUAUCAUGCACACCAUUGGAGACGAGGCCCGCUUCUGCAGCCUGGCAGGGGGCUUUCGAGUCGGGCCGCAGUACCACUACGCCACUUCCCCGCUGCCCAUCCAUUCUGCAACGGGUGGGCGCAUGCCGUGUGACCUGAACCUUGAGGACUACGGGCUCGCCAAACACACCGUCAUGCUUCGUCCAUUUUUCAAGGCUGGGGACACAGUCCCAUCGCCUGAAGAUCUGCGGUUUCCUUGGUUGGGAUUUGUGAUGCUCUGCUCGACAACGAGCCGCCGGGAUCUGCUGGAAAAAGUCGCAAUUGCCCGUGACAAGAUUGUGAUCAAACUAGAACAAAUGUAG